AUGGGAACAGGGAAAGGCUUUGCGCAACUUGAACUGAGUGCAAAAAACAGUUCAAAACGAGCAUCCGUUAUUGUCCCGUUUGCCGCUCAACGUUUCUUAAGCUCUGCAGUUGGCCAAUGGAAAUCAAUUGAAAAAGCAUUCCCAGUCCUAAGAAAAUCAUUUCAAGCUACUCAUUCUAAUGCAGAUGAAGAUUUCCCUUUACAGUACAGGAUGUUCGGACAAGAUUUUGUCGUGGAUCUACUUGACUUGUUAGACAUCACAACACCGUUAUGCGAGUUAAUGGUGUUGUCGCAAAGUGUGGACUUUCUUCAUUGGAAAAUUGUAUUCUGGGGUCAACGAAUGGUUUUCUGGAUGGGGGCAAUGGUAGAUAAUCUAACCUGUACACCACGGUACAAGAAACAUCUACAAGACAUUAAGAAUUAUUUGUUUCAAGAAGUUCAGCUUUUUGAGGGAUGGCAUUUGCUGAGCAAUGAUAGGAUGGUGCAUCCGGAUUAUGGCGAAGAAGCAAUGUAUACCUGGAUUGAAAGAUCAUUAGACCAGUCGAUGAAGGAAUUGAAAAAGUUUGCUAUGGAUUUAAAAGCUUCGUCACAAAACAGAUUAGACAGUGGCACAGCAGAAGUCUCGAGACUGCUAGCUAAAUGCUUUGACUUCGAGAAGCUGCUGCUUGCUCUUGAAGGAACGAGGCGCCCUGACUCUGAAAACCAGAAUGCAAUAUCUUGUAUUAAAGACAAAAGCAGCUAUCUUGCGAUGGGAAGAAAGGAUUUCGAAGUAUGGUUUAGAUAUAUAAUCUCACUUCCACAUGUACAAAAAAAGAAAGAUGAAUUGCAUUACCUUGAUGUGAGCUGUUCAGAUGCCUUGUAUCAUCGUUUUAAAGAAUGCCUUUGCGAGAUGUUUUGGGGUAAUCUUAAAGAGUAUGGUGUAGCAUGUAUGCAAUCGUCUGGAAAAUAUCUCUCAGAAUUCUUUGUUUCACUGGAAAGAGAUAAAUCGCCUGGAAUACGCCAAACUUUCGUCUUGACUCUUCUUAAUGGAAAGAAAAUUAAAGCUGUAUUAGAUGAAUCAAAGCUCAUUGAAAUGCUGUACACAGUGGAAAGCAUCUAUACUAAACUUGGACCAGAGUUCAUGUUGUCUCUAGACAUCGCAAUGGCGUCGGGCGGCAGUGAAGCAAUAGCUGAAAGUUUUUAUGCUAUUAUGGAUACGCAGCGACAGCGAUGCCAUCAGUCCAAUAAGAUCUUGGAGCUAAGAACAAAACUAGAUUGGUUACUUCCUCAUAUUGGUAAUAAUACAGGCAAUCUGGUUGAAGGUAUUGCUCAGAAAUAUUUGGAAAGCCAUAAUUCACCUAUGCUUCGCGACCCAAGGUCAAUCAGGCACUAUUUGAUAAGAAAUAACCAGUCAAAGGUUAUUCACAGAAUUAAGAACCUGCCACCAAAAUAUCCUUAUCUUCUUUAG